CCCCCUCCCGCCACCACCACCACCACCUCCGCUCCGUCCGUCUCUCCUCAGCAUCUUCUGGUUAAUGGAUUACACAGUUUCCCUCCAAGUGCAGCAUCAGCUGGCGGUGUCCGCGACGCACUUCUACCAGGGCUACCGUGUGGAGUUACAGAUGAAGUCAACAGAGGUGGACCAAGGGCUUUUCACAGACAGCUACUGCAAAGUGUGCAGCGCUCAGCUCAUCUCCGAAUCCCAGAGGGUGGCCCAUUACGAGAGUCGGAAACAUGCCAACAAAGUGCGGCUGUAUUACAUGCUACAUCCUGUGGAUGGAGGCUGCCCGGCCAAGAAGCUCAGAACAGACAACGGUGGCGACCAGGGCGACGUGGACAAGAACAAGUGCUGCACGCUGUGUAACAUGUCCUUCACCUCAGCAGUGGUGGCACAGUCACACUACCAGGGUAAAAUCCACGCCAAGAGACUAAAACUGCUACUUGGGGAGCAGCCGGCCAUCACGACCAAAGAGGCAUCUCCCAGUCCUGUAAAGAGCUCCCCAGAAACGUCUCCCAUGACCUCCCCGCGACAGCGCCGCGACUCAGACCGCUACUGUCAGCUAUGUAACGCCUGGUUCAACAACCCUGGAAUGGCUCAGCAACAUUAUGAUGGAAAAAAGCACAAGAAAAAUGCUGCUAGAGCGGAUCUGCUGGAGCAGUUGGGGAAGACUCUGGACAUGGGAGAGAUGAAAGGUCUGAAGCGGAGCUACACCUGUGAAGUCUGCAGCGUCACACUGAACUCGGUGGCACAGUACCAUGCACAUCUGCAGGGCUCAAAGCACCAAAACAACCUGAAGAAUCAGAUAUGUGUCCAGUGAGCCUGGGCCCGAGAUGAAGACCAACAGUUGGAUUGAUGUCAGACGAGCUGUGAUCAGCUUGCCCUUCUUUUUUCUGCCUCUGCGCUGCUUCUGCUCUCCUCCACAUUCUUUCGAUUUGUCUCUCUUCUACCUUUCACUCAAUUUCAGCCGCCGCUUACAUCGUGAGGAAAAUAAAGAGAUCUUUUUGUAAUAUUGCAUCCAAUCUCUCGCCUGUCGGUAAACAGUUUAAAAGAGUUUCUCUGCUCUUGAAUCAUUCACCUUUUUCAUUGCACUGCCGCUGUGUUUUCUAUCCACUGGAGAGCCAUUAAAGUGGGUCUGGUACACGGUAACCUUUCUAAAAUUGCAUGUAUUGAAAAACUAUUCAUUUUUCAAUCUUUUUAGUUGAAUAAAACAGAUAAUAUUUAUUUAUAAUUAAAGGGAAAAUAUGUACCGUAUUUAGCAUUGUGGGCUUUAACUGUCAAUCAUUCUCUUUGCCCUUACAUUUUGUAUGCACCGCUCAGUGCAACUCAACUUUUAAGCUGUUAUUGCACACAUGCUUGCAGUGGAGUCCCCUUGUGUCUUAAAGGGGGGAAUGGCAAUAAUGACGCAGGUCAGACUUUUAUUUUAUGUUCAAAUGGUAUUAACUUCAACAAGCUUAACGUCUGUGACUCUGGUAGAACUAAUAAUGUCUGCAUCUACACGGACACAGAAGAUCAUUUUAAUGUUUUUUUAUUUUCAAGUCUCAACUUAUCAAACAAUCACAUUUAUUUUCAUAAAAUGCGAGUGGCACUGCCUUUGCCCUCACCAGGUUGAUGCAGUAUGGAAAAGUAUUAAGGUGAGGCAUAGAGGGAGAGUUGAGCGGGAAUGACUGUUUUUAUUGUUUGCAUUUCGAGAAUACAGCUGAAAUGUCAGAAAUACCGUUGAAUAUUCACUGGGACUAACACUCAUAGACUAGGAGCGUUUAAAAGGUCUUUGUAUAUUCUCCAUAUAUAUCCACUUUAUCCUAAAAAUGCUAAUUGGACUAAAUUGUUUAAUUUGACAUAAUUGGAUUGGUAUUUAGCUUUUAUUCUGAACAUUUAAACCCUAUUCUUGAAAUAGUAUGUUGACUUCAUAUUCUACAUUUUGACUUGUUUAACAACAUUUUAAUUUAUUUUCUCUGCUAAAUAAAUUGAUGAACAAAACUUC